AGGGUGGGUCCAACGUUAGCGAUUCCGGUUCGGCUCCUGCCGCCCCUUCGCUCCUCGCCUCCCCCCUGCCCUCCGGCGCCUCUACUCCCUCCCUCUCUUGGAAAGAGAGAAGUCACCGCUGUGGGUGGGUAGAGGAGCACUCAGCACCUCCAGGAAGGGACUUCGUCCUCCGCACCUGAAUCCCUGAGCCGGGCCGGAUCAGGAGGACAGUUGUGUGGCCAGUGCACUUUGACUCACUGGGGCUGUAAGUGAGGUUGCAAAAAAAUAUCCUCCUAUGCUUGAGAUCUUCAGACUACACGUCCUACAGGAAUUGAUCAAUGGUUUUUCAUCUCUUGGAGAUACAUUAGAAACGUAAAUAUGGUGCCAAAAGAACUUUUUGUCUUUCUCUGACUAUGGUUCAUUCGGAAAUACUUUUUUACUGAAGAGAGGUAUACACACUGAGCCUACCCAUUGUACAGGGACUCUGUCAUUAGGAUCAUGGACCAUCCUAGUAGGGAAAAGGAUGAAAGACAACGGACAACUAAACCCAUGGCACAAAGGAAUGCACACUGUUCCCGAACAUCUGGCUCCUCAACAUCCUCUGGGGUUCUUAUGGUGGGACCCAACUUCAGAGUUGGCAAGAAGAUAGGAUGUGGGAACUUCGGAGAGCUCAGAUUAGGUAAAAAUCUCUACACCAAUGAAUAUGUAGCAAUCAAACUGGAACCAAUAAAAUCACGUGCUCCACAGCUUCAUUUAGAGUACAGGUUUUAUAAACAGCUCGGCAGUGCAGGUGAAGGGCUCCCACAGGUAUAUUACUUUGGACCUUGUGGGAAAUACAAUGCCAUGGUACUGGAGCUUCUUGGCCCUAGCUUGGAGGACUUGUUUGAUCUCUGUGACAGAACUUUUACUUUGAAGACGGUGUUAAUGAUAGCCAUCCAGUUGCUUUCUCGAAUGGAAUAUGUGCACUCAAAAAACCUCAUUUACCGAGAUGUUAAGCCAGAGAACUUCCUGAUUGGCCGACAAGGCAAUAAGAAAGAGCAUGUUAUACACAUUAUAGACUUUGGACUGGCCAAGGAAUACAUUGACCCUGAAACCAAAAAACACAUACCUUAUAGAGAACACAAAAGUUUAACUGGAACUGCAAGAUAUAUGUCUAUCAACACGCAUCUUGGCAAAGAGCAAAGCCGUCGGGAUGAUUUGGAAGCCCUAGGCCAUAUGUUCAUGUAUUUCCUUCGAGGCAGCCUACCCUGGCAAGGACUCAAGGCUGACACAUUAAAAGAGAGAUAUCAAAAAAUUGGUGACACCAAAAGGAAUACUCCCAUUGAAGCUCUCUGUGAGAACUUUCCAGAGGAGAUGGCAACCUACCUUCGGUAUGUCAGACGAUUAGACUUCUUUGAAAAGCCUGAUUAUGAGUAUUUACGGACCCUCUUCACAGACCUCUUUGAAAGGAAAGGCUAUACUUUUGACUACGUCUAUGAUUGGGUUGGGAGGCCUAUUCCUACUCCAGUAGGGUCAGUUCAUGUAGAUUCUGGUGCAUCUGCAAUAACUCGAGAAAGCCACACACACAGGGAUCGACCAUCACAACAGCAGCCUCUUAGAAAUCAGGCUGCAUCGUCCGAGCGCCGAGGAGAGUGGGAAAUCCAGCCCAGCCGGCAGACCAAUACCUCGUACCUGACGUCUCACUUGGCUGCAGACCGCCAUGGGGGAUCAGUGCAGGUGGUUAGCUCAACCAAUGGAGAGCUGAAUGUCGAUGACCCCACAGGAGCCCACUCCAAUGCACCAAUCACAGCUCACGCCGAGGUGGAGGUAGUGGAGGAAGCUAAGUGCUGCUGUUUCUUUAAGAGGAAAAGAAAGAAGACUGUUCAGCGCCACAAGUGACCAGUGCCUCUUCAAAGUCCUCGGGCUCUGGGGACUCUGACUCAAUUGCACCUGCAGCUCCUGCCAUUUCUCAUUGGAAGGGACUCCUCUAUUGGGGGAGGGUGAGAUCCAAACCAAAAAGAAGAAAACAGAUGCCCCAGAAGGAGCCAGUGUGGGCAAUCAGGGCCCAGUGGGUCAUUGGCUGUUCCCACCUGCCUAAGGCUCUGAGCAGGUCCCAGAGCUGCUGCUCCACCACUGCUUGCCCUUGGGGCUGCCUGGUUGACUCUCCUUCCCAAUGUUUACAGUGAAGGUGUCAUUCACAAAAACUCAAGGACUACCAUUCUCUUCCUUCCCCUUAGUUUACUCCUGGUUCUUGCCCCACCCUCACCCCUCUCCAGCAUAAAAGCUAGUGAGCAAAGGCUUUGUCUGCUGAAGGAGCUCAAGAGUUUGGGGGUGUGGCCAAGAAGUUAGGAGGAAGAUGGCAGACCUGGGCUGGAGAAGAACCUUCUCCAACCCACCAGGUGUGUCUGGCAGUAUGACUUCCUCUUCCUCUGUGCCUGUGCAGCCUCAAUCCCCAGCUGGCCACGGGGUGCAGGUCCCUUCCUUCCUCCCUCCCUCUCUCCCUCCUUCCCUCCUGGGAAGUUACACUGUAGGACACAAGCUGUGAGAAAUCUGCAGUCUACUGUCCCUGUGCAUUGGCAUACUUAGCUUUCUUGACAAGCGAACUCUGUUCUCCAGAUGGUAGUAGGACAAUGCAAAUUGUUUUGAGCAAUGGAAAAAAAAAUCCAACUUUUUGCACUUUGUUUUUUUUUUUUAAACAAAAAACAUGGCAGAUGCAUAUUGUGUCUGGUUAUAUUGGGGUUUUUACUUUUUCUGUUUUGAGGGGAAUGGAGCCAAGAGAGCCAUUCAGAGAAAACAUGGGUCCAGAUGACAUUCUCAAUGGAAAAAUUUUGAUCUGCAGCACCCAGAAGAGAAGCAGCCAAAUCCUGUGUCAUUCUGAGCCAUUGCACUCAGGUUGGCAAGGAAACAUACUUGAAUUUUCAUUCAUCUUCUCAGCUGCUGAAGACUGUCCCUCCCAGAGUCUCAUGACCUAAUUACCCUGCAGUUGAGAAAACCUAGCUUUCAAGCACAUGGGAUGAGCCAGGCCAAACCAGACUGUGACCAGGAGACAGCCCAUUCCAGAGAACCAGAUGCUUAAUUUAAAAAACUCAGAAAUAUCUGUGUCCUCUACUGCCAGAGACUUCCAGCUAGAUGACCAUGUGACUUCUGGUGACUGGGGGACAAAAUUAAUGAUGAAACAGCCACCACCAUAUUGUCACCAGUGGACAAAGAAGAGAAGUGAGCCUGCCUUUCAACUGCCAGAGGAACCUCAGGGCGUGGCAUUGGGGUGUGCCCCAGAAGCUAAGUUACAGUAUUUAGGCUGGCCUGCCUUAUCAGAAACCAAAACCAUGAAAAUCUCGCAGCAGGUCCACAAUGGCAGGAUUAGGACUAGUACAUGGGGCUGCGGUAAACAAAAGGGUAAGAUCGGUUGGUUCUGGAAAAUUCCAGGGAGAAGGAGAAAUGAGAGGCCUGAAAUUUUUCUCAAUGAGACAGAAGCUUCUUCCAAAUAAAAUGGCCAUGCUCUCCCUAGUAUACCUUCCAUUCCCACCACAGUGUAUUCACAGGACAGACUUAUUAGGAAUGGUCUUGGUUUCUCAUUCACUCCUUAAAAAAUCAAUAAUGUGUAGAGUUACUUUUCUCAGGUUUGAUUUUCAUUUGAAUUCAGUGGCUUGUUCAAACAGUGACUCCUCAUUCCAGAUGUGAACAGGACACAGGAUAAUUUACAUCAGGGAAAGAGGUCUUGGAUCUGAGAGAAGAAAGAGCAAACCAGUACCCCCCUUUUGCCCUUCCCAUUCUCACAUUUCAGUGGCACUACCAAAAGCUAACCAUGAAGGACAAUGGCUGGUUUCUUAGUUGAUAGUUUUUGGAGCACAGAAAUCUUUGCCUCUGGCUUGAGGUAUAGGGCUGACUUGUAGGGCUGACUGUUGGACUUAAGGGUUUGGGAAUACUUUCUGGUAGUUGGCAUUUCCUGACAGGUUCUUUGAUAUACCUUAUAUGGAACAGAAAAAGUAGCAUUAGCAUGGGUCGGAGUUAUUGGACUUCACCUGUUCCAUUGGGCCUUGGCUAGGGAAUAUCCCUUUACUGGCUUCAAACCUGCUUAGCUUAUGUGAUGAUUGUAAUCUUUCCUUUCUUUGAAAGAAAUUUCCUGUAUACAAUAUAGAGUGGCAGGGAAACUCAAUGUCACACCCCUUCCCUACAAGGACUUUGAAUAUUGGGGUUUGCGUCUUUGCUAUUACCUAAUGGUUAAGGCCCCAUCACUGAAAUUUACGUAAUUUCUCAACUGGCAUUUGGGCAACUCUUCAUCUUCCUGUAUAGAAACUUCAGCUUCCUCAUUCCUGUAUAGAAAAAGCCUUGCCUUUCAAGGGAACACAGGGGGAAAUGGUGGCAAAGCCUGGAGUGUCCUGGUACUCCAUAUUCCACUAAGUGCCUCUCCCUGCCCUCACAAAAAAGCAAGGCAGUAACCAGCUUGGCAAUGGGGCAAGCCCCCUUGGAGCUGGUGUGGGUUUCUUUUGUUUUGGUUUGGAUCUUUUGUCUUGAAAGUUUUUAAAGGUUAGCUCCUAAGAAGAUGAACCUAAAUUGUGGCUUGAGGCAGGGAGUCCUUCCAAAUGCACUGUUCUCACCCUCCACUCCCCACAAAUCUCUUAGAAGAUAUUUGGUUUUCAUAACAAAGGUGAAGAACCCCAGGUUUCUUUAGCCUGCUGGGAAUGGUGAUUCUUCCAGGGCCACUGGCACCCCAAAAGGGUCCCAUACCCCUAGGAGAUUCUGUUGUGGUCUUCCUUUUUUUAAAAAACAAACAAACAAAAGAAAACAAAAAAACCCAACAUUACCCCAGAAGCAAUUUAACCAUCAGCUCCAUCCCCACCAGCACACGCAUCAGGGCUCUCUCCCUCAGCCCAGUUCCUAUGUUAGUUUCUUGGCUGUAUGCCUCAGCCAGAUCUUUGGGGUUCCCACCCCACCCCAACCCACACCAUCGACAUGCUGUGUAGUUUUCAAGCUUUCUCCAUUUUGCAGCCAUGAUGUCUAAGGAUCUUUUUGCUUUGGGAUUGAUGCAGUUGUUUGUCCUUGAUCUAACCCAGCAUCUGCUCAUUAAAAACAAAAUACAAAACCUUAAUAUUAUACCAUUAGGAGUUCUCCCAAGCCCUGCAGACCCUCCAGCAUUGCAUCCUGAGCCAAUUCAGGCAGGUGGCCAGGAUUCCAUCCAAAGCAUUAAGGGUUCUCCCCUCAUGACCAGAGUAUGAUUUGUAUCUGUGCAGUUUAAUCCUCCAUGGGUUGAUCGUUCGCUGAAUACCUUAGCACUUCCCAGAGUUCUCACCCCAGACUGCUCCUCAAGAGUGGGCACAGUGUCCCAGUAGCCAAUGUGCAUUCAAGACUGCCUUAAUUAACAUUCUCCUGUUGUUUGAGUCUGUCUAGGAGUAAACAGGAUCUAGGAAGGUACAAGUCAGGUAACUAGGUUGGCCCUCAAUUAAAGGUCCAUUUUUCUUGGGAAUGUAAAGGUUAAUAGGGGACAGAUCCUGAGGUUUCUAUUAGACGUGAUUGCCUAUUCUCAGUGAACUCGAAGUACAUAGAAACAGCCCCUGCUCAUUAGCCAGUAGCGGUAUCCCAUUGCCUCUAAAGUAACUUCCAAUUUAGUUCAGUGGAAAUGUACACUGGUAGUGUAUAUUCAGUGUUGAUUUUCAGUGUUAGUAACCACUUUUAAUACCAGAAAUACAUUAGUAAUGUUAUGUCAAAGUGGUUACCAAAGGUCACAGCCUUAAUUUUUUUUUUAAUACAAAAAAUGGAUUUCCCCUACUAGUGAGCAAGCAUGGCUUCCCAAAAUACAAAAACAAAAAACGUGUACUUCCAUGGCAACCUAGAAAGCAUCUCCUCAAAGGAACUUUCUUCUGAUGUGAUGCAUCUAUCCCAUACCCACAUGCUUCCAGUGUCCUAGCACCACCUCUUCCAUUUUUGUAUUUAAACCAGCUUUCCAUUCCCAAUGAGUUUCCCUGGCAACAUUUUCUCCCAUGUUAGAGCCAAGUUAGGACUAGAGUUUCUCAGAAUUGGAGCUUCCAGCGCCAUACAGCCAGCACUGCCUUUGCCAUGCCACUGACAGCCACUAUCCUCACCAUUGCCAAGGAACCCCCAGGGAGCCAGGAUAUCUGGGUACCUCGUCUGGAUUGGCCAUAUAUGUGACAGGCACUUGUCUCUGGGGUUCUUGAUUUUGCAGACUCUCCAGGGCUUCAGGCAAGUCUCAUCUAAAGGCUCAAGGCCAGUAACUCCCAGGCUUCCCAUCAUGGUUGUUAGGAAUCAGAUGGGAUUACUUUGGUUUUAUUUUUUUACUGGGGUGAGGGGGUUCUGACUAAGAUAAGAGAAAACCAAGGCUCUUCUGAGGGUUUGCAGAGUUUUGAACAGUGUUUUAGCUACAAAUAAGGUAUCUUGGUCUUUGAUCAACUAAAUAGUCUUUAAAAUAUCAGUUUUUCCUAACUCCUUUUGCAGGUGAAUGAAUGCAAAAGAAUAGGUUUCUCCAUUGUAUUUGAAAUAGUAAGCAGGUUCCCUGGAUAUAGACAGUAGUAGUUGACAUAUUUCCUCAAAAACCAACCAGGAAACCUUCUCCAGUAUUUGUAGAUCAGCUUAUAAAGGAAAAAGUGAACGUGUACUCCAUAUGUUUCUAGUUUGAUUUACCAAACUUGAUGUUAUAAAGAAACCUCAGAGUUCUGUGGACAGAAUUUCUUUUGUUAUUUUUCUUCUUUUACUCCUCACAAUCACCUUUCCAGUGCCAUCACUGAUUUUAAGGUCUCAGAGCAGAGGAUUGUUAUCUCUGGGAAUCAGUGGAAUGCAGUCAUCCCAGGAACACGCACAAGAGGACAACUCUUCUGACACCCCACCCCCUUCUUCCCAGUCAGGCGAGAGAUGUUUUCAGUGUUCCUCUUCAUGAGCUUUGCCCAAAUCCCAGGCUGGCUCUUGCACUGAAAUCCUUUGUUAGGAGGUUUAUCAGUCUGUUAGCAAUGUCUCAGGAAAGACAAGCCAUUUCUUUGGGGGGAAGUAUAUUUCCAGGUGGGUGUAUGUGAUUGCAUGUGUAUGCGUGUGUGUGUGCUCAUCUGUAUUUCACUUCUAUAAAGACUCAACCUGGCUGCUCGGAAUUAUGAGUUCCUGGGUAUUCUCGGAAGGAAAAAAGGUGACGGCGAGCUUCUCAAAUUAGUGCAGCAGCAAGCUGGCUCUGGGAGGGAGCCCCAUUUAUUGAGCAGAAGAGUAACGCAGAAAAGAUACAGAUGAAACCAAAAAUGUAACCCCCCCAAUGGAAAAUAAUGUUGAUUCAUCAGUUCCCAUUGGUUAUAUUACAUGCUCUAAUUUAUUAUUUUGUCUGUUUCUAUAAUCUUCGCCCAUCGUACAUUUAAAAAGAGAUGUUGGGGUGUUGAUUGCAAUUUUUAAAAACUAGAUAAUGUAUAAAUCAGCUGUGGAAAUCAGUUUAAUUGAUGUGUGGAUGUGUCUGAUUAUUGUUAAAUGCCUUUUGGUUUAUUUAGUUUCUUUUUUUUUAAUUUUUUUUAAAGGUAUGUAAUGUUUUGGUAAACCCUGGCACUGGUUGCAAAGCUCAGCUGUGAAAAUGAAAUGUGUAGUUAUUUUUGAACAUGAAUGUCAUUUUCAAGUAUAUUUGAAGUAGUUCCUCCAGAAGAGAGGGUUUGUGCACCAUUAGGAAAAACUGUGCUGCAGAGGAAGUAGCCUUCUUUGGAGAAAAUGAAAAAUGGGUCCUAAUAUGUUAUUCUGGAAUAGGCCAUUUCCUAGGGCACCAUGAAAAUACAAAUGUGAUCUUUAAAAACUACUUCUUCCCCAGUUUGGGGAGAAAAGGACUCAGUUUGCACCCUUUUUCUAUGUAAAAUAAAAUGUCUUACCUUUC